AGAUGGAAAGUUUACCUUGAGGACUCGCAGUGUUCUGUGUUGCGGCCAGUGCUGUGUCGAUUUUUUUAGUUUUGGUGAUUGGCUGCUUCCGUUUUUAUUUUGGUUUCAUGAAGUUCCUUUUCGUUUGUUUCCGUUGGAUUUUGUGAUAUGGAACGGAGGGGUUUCGGUUUUUUUACCAAAAGAUCUCAACACUACGACAAUCUUCAACAAGCUGAUAGUCUCCAUAAGCAGCCCCUUAAGGACACUACCAACACCUCUUCGCCGGCCAAGCAGCAAAAACUCAACAAUAACAACGAAGAGGAGCAACAGAAUAACCAAGAGCCCGAGUCCACACAACAAGAAUCCGGCACCAACCAACAGGGCAGCAGGUCUCUGCAGUGCCUGGAGACCCUUGCACAAAAGGCCGGCAUUCACGACAUCACUGCGGAUGAUUGCAAGUAUGACAUUGCAAAUACUCUGUUGAAUUUGGAUAGAGGGCACGAAUUCAUCAAGCAAAGCGUGGACAGUAUUAACUCCAACAACAUGGCCGACUUAAAUAAACAGCAGCAACAGCAAAUUGCUGACGCCAAUGCGCAAGCUCAGGCGCAAGCACAGGCGGUGCAGCAACAACAACAGCAGAUGCAACAGGUGGCGCUGCAGCAGCAGCAACAACAACAGCAGCAGCAACAACAGCAACAGCAGGAACAGCAAGCGCUGGUACCUGCGCAGAGCCCGCAUCUUCAGCAAGUAGCUGUUGGUGGACAAUGCGUUCAAGCCGCCACCUCGAUGGGCCCGCCCCAGCACACAGUGUCGAUGCAUCAGGCGGUGGCCCAACAGGGACAAGUGCUGCAAACCCAAGGCGGCCAGGUGUUGGCAACUGCUCAGUCGGGCAGUACAACAAUUACGACGAUGUCGCCGUUGCAGCAGAACCAGGCUCACUCCCAGCCCAUCAGCACCGACUGGACGCACGGCAGGGCUGUGCAAGUUAUCCAACAGCCACUCCAGAACCCAACGUUCAUGCCGCAGCUGUACAACCCGCAAGGACAGUUGCUGAUGCCCGGCAACAUAGCCCUACAUCCCAGCAUUAACCCACAACAAAUUCAGGUGAUUGCGAAACCCUUCCAGGGUAAUCAGAUAGCGACGCCUCACAUGCUUACGACGAACGGUAAGCAGGUGAUACAGGGAAGUCAGGCAGCCACUUUUCCUGGCUACGCAACUAUUCCAACGAUUCCCACUACCCAAAACCAACAGACUUUGGUGUUCAGUCAAUUAGGAGUUAUUAGCUCCCAGCCCAACAUACUGCCCAAUCAUUCGCAGGCGAACGCCCAGGUCGCCCAGCAGAAACCGCAGGAAAUGCACAAGGUAAUGGGCGGCCAAAAAGUAAUGCAAAAAGUCGCUAAUAGUACAGGCGCAAUUGCUCAAAAUCAACAACAACAACAGGGACAGUGUGUACAAGUGUCCCAAGCGAUGAUAGGGACACAACCAACUGCUCAAAUUAUCAGUCCCCUGCAACCGGGUGGCCAACCAAUGCAGUUUGCACCGUGGCAGUUCACAGCUAACGGAAUCCCUCAAGUCUGGACCACCAAUGGCCUCCAGUCUCAAACUUUACUGACUGCGCCAACGAACCCGCCGAUAUUCAUCCGGGGAACGCAGCCAGACGGCAGUCCAGGACCGGGAAUGUUCAUCCAACAGAGUCCACAAGCCACUGCCAUUCAAGCUCAACAGAACCAAACGAUUGCUACGCAAGGAGCCGUCCAACAAAUUGCUAAACCGAGACCAGCUAAUGAAAACAUCCAACCUAAACAACAAGUUACAAGACCACUAAACAUAUUGCCCUCAAACGCUGCCAACAUCAGACCUGCCAGCUCAGUAUCAACACAAACAAUGAUGGGAGCCCAAACACAACUGGUUUAUUUGCAGGCCUCCAUGGGUGGAAAACCAGGAACCAAGAUAAGAACGAAAGCUCCGCAGAUCCGUACUUCCCCAGCUCCAAAAGCUGAUGCGGCCAAUCAGACGCAGAACAAGCCCCACGGCAACAUCCAGCAGCACCACAUCGUGCCAAACAAAAUGCUUGUAAUGAAUACUUCAACCGGUAUCACAACCAUGGCAGCCGCCCAACCGAUGACUGCGGAAAAAGCCCAACAACUCGCAAACCAAAACAAAGCCCAAGUCGCCCAGGCCCAGCAGACACAAGCCCAACAGGUCAUAGCUCUGCAACAACAAGCCAUCCAACAACAGCCACAACAACAACAGGCCAUGCAGCAGUUCCAGAUCCAACAAGGACAACAACCUCAACACAUCCAACCCAAACCAAUGAUGACAGUCCAAACCUUGCAAGGGAUACCGCAGCAGCAGCUCCAAAUGGCCGGAGAUCGUCCAAUAAUGCCUGUUGUUUCGAUGUCUACUGCGCAGAAUGGGCAGUCUGUGCAGCAGACUCUACAACAGACAAUCCCUACUGCAACACUCCAACAACAACUACAUCCCAAUCUGGCCGUCACCCAGCAGCAAAUGCAAAUGGGCAUGCAACUCCAUCAGCAAAUACAACAAAUGGCUCCUCCCGGAACAAUAAUCGGGCAGAUUCAAACGACACCCACACAACCGGCGGCAAUACCUCAAGUGGCAGCAAGUCCCACACAACUACAGACCCAGCUACAAGCAAACUCGCCCCAAACCAUCACCCUUUCUACUCCACAACAAGUGGCUUUGCCCCCAACCGUACCGCAAGUCAAAGACACCUCCAGCCAACCCAGCACGGAGGAGGGCACGCAGAAUUCAGAUGGUCUCAAAGAAAAUGGUGUAGAUGCGCCCGCAUCGCAAGACUCGUUAAAAGACGUAGAAAUAAAACAAGUAAAUGGUGUGGAACCAAGUCCCAUUCUGCCUGCCCCAAUUCCUGGCACUGUUCCCUCACAACCGAACUGCCAAUCUAAUGAGAAUGGUCUUCCAAUAGCCGCCACGGCUGAAGAGGUUAAAGAACGUUGUCCACCGAAAGCCAUGGUUAAACCUCAAGUUUUGACCCAUGUCAUUGAAGAUUUUGUUAUACAAGAGUCCUCUGAACCUUUCCCAGUCACCCGAAGCAGUCUGUUGGGAGACCUAAAACCAACACAGUCUUCUAAUGAUAAGGAGGAUGAACCGCCCCGCAAAAAACAUGCGAGUUCUCCCUCAACUAACGGUAUUAUGUCAGCAAAAGGAGAAAUGGCGAAGUGCGAAGCAUGCGGGACAGUGGAUCUCAAGUCUAAGUUCAAGAAAAACAAACGUUUCUGUUCCGUAUCGUGCUCUAAAAGUAGCAAAGAUAAGAAGAAAUGGGACAAAGACAAUAGCAUGGAAGUUGACACUGAAUCUGGAGCAUCUGGGGCAGAAAGCAGCCUCAGUCCUAAUGGAAAUGCCGACGACACUCCUAAGAUUGACCCCAUCAAGUGGACUGUACAAGAAGUGUUUGAAUUCAUCAAAAACUUGCCAGGCUGUUCCGAUUACGCUGAAGAUUUCUUGAUACAAGAGAUUGAUGGUCAAGCUUUGAUGUUGCUGAAGGAAGAUCAUUUGAUGACGGCGAUGGCAAUGAAACUGGGACCGGCUUUAAAGAUUGUCGCCAAAAUAGACGACAUGAGGAUCGAAAAAGAACCUCCAAAACAGAAUUAAAACUUUUGUUUGAUUGUACAUAAAUUAAUUUAUUUUAUUGUUUAAGACUGUAAAUAUGUUUCAGAUUUAUUAAAAAUUAAGAAUGUAUUUAAUAUAUUGACAAUAUUAUUCCUAGGGAAUACGAUAAUGCAAUCUUCAUUUCAAUUGAGUUUAAAUGAUUUAAAAUUUUCUUAUAAUUUAGUUAUGCUGUAUAUACUGUAUAUUUUUCUACUAUGUUUAGUAGUUCAUGUGUAAAUACUAAAUAAAUUAUAUCUACUAUAUUAAUAAUAUAGGUAAUGGCAAAUAUCAUUGAUGUGAUCAAAAACUUGUCUUUUUACAAAAAAAUUAUAUGCCUGUGCAAUGUAUUUUCCUCAUAAAUCACUGUUAGAUGUAGAUAUUUAAUGAUAUUUGUUAAUAUUUUACUGCCACUGUACUUGAUAAUAAAAAUUUAUAAAAUUUUUAA